AUGGACGUGUUGCUCUCCAUCCCGCUCAUCUCAGCGGUGCUGACACCGUCGCUGUCUACAUCUGUCAACAUCCUCUUCUUCUAUGCGACGUGGUCGGCCCUGGUGCUGAGCCACAAGCCCGAGGCGAUCCAUGCCACGUCUCUGCUCGUCUUGCGAGUGAUAUUCUGGCUUGCGCCGUCCUUAUUGUUCCUCGCUUUCGACUUUGGCAUACCGAGCGUGGCGGGGAGCAUCAAGUUUGAUGGCGCCAAACGGCUUCCGCGCAGGCCCCUGAAGCUAAUUGGGCUCGCCACGUUUAACAUGCUGCUCGUCGUGGCCGUAGAAGCCGGCGUGAGCUGGUUGUACACACUUGCGACAGGAAAUACGCUGUACAAGGUAUCAACGACGCUGCCGCUGCCGUGGCAGAUGUUUAAGCAAACGGCCAUUCUGUUCACGGCGCGGGAGAUGCUCACAUACUACAUUCACCGGUAUCUGCUGCACGAGGGGGCUUUAGUGCCGCUCCUAACGAGGCUGCAUACUUCGUACUCGCACGGGGAGCCGGUUUGCGCGCUGCAGCUCUACGCGGAUCACCCUCUUCCGCUGGUCAUCUACCACCUCGUGCCGGUCCUGCUUCCUGCAUUCUUGCUCCACCCGCAUCUGCUCACGUAUCUGGCCUUCACGCUGCUCACGACCAUUGAGGGUACUCUUGUCACGUCCGGGUACAGCAUCGUCCCCGGUAUCUUCCUGGGUGGCAUUGCCCGCCGCACCGCCAGGCAUUACGCCAGCAGGGGCACGGCAAACUACGGGGCGUGGGGAAUUCUCGACUGGGCGCAUGGCACAAGCAAGGGCAAGGACGUCAUGGACGACGCUCAGGACGAGGCCGACAAGCACAACCUAAAGGAGCGUUCGUCUGCCAAGCUGAACGAUGGCGCGGGGAUGGUGCAAGAUGGCGUCGACACGUUGCGGAGGAGCACCCGGAAGAGGACCCCCAAGAAGAACUAA